UGCACCUGUUCAGCAGACUGUCAGCUUCAGUUCUACUUGUGUCUCAAGAUCUCAAAAUCGACUGUCAGCUUCGGUUAUAUUCGCGUCUCAAGAUCUCAAAAUCAUCACUCACAAGCCUCAUCUGGAGAAAGAGAACAGGGAACAACGUGAUGGGGUUUUAUAGAGAGGGUUUGAUCCUCUCUCUUCUAGUCCAGUGGGCUACAGCAAUGUCCCUCGCUGGGAUAACAUCAGAGAUGCCUGAUCGUAACCAGUCAGCGAUAGCCUUUCCGAAACUACCUGCAGACUUCAGGGAAAUGGCCAAGAAACUGAUGAUCACAUGCUCCAAGAAAGGUUACCACAUGCCUGUAAUGAACAAUUCACUGAACAGCUCAUAUGCACAAACACAAAACCAGACGAUGGAGAGCCCUGUCUCUAUGUUUAUGGAGCUUCUCUCCUCCCUCCCUCCAUCCGUCCCCUCUCGCUCCAAUCAGUCCAAUGAAACAGCAGAAGAGCAAGGCCUAGGCUGGAGCAUUGCUGAAAAGUUGCAGAACUGCACCAACAUGGGCCAUAUGAUUGAGCUCAUGAGGAACACUACGGACAGCCCUCGUUGUUUCAUGCAAGCAUUCAUGGCUCCUCUUUCCUGGAUGGCCAUUAUGCAGAACGGAACAGACCUCAACAAAGAGGAUCUAACAAAGCUUCUAUGGGCGGCUAAACCUUUUUUAGAAACAUCUAGAAUGCCUCCAUCUAGCUUUGUUCUUCCAGCAUUUUCACAAAGCUCUCACCUGGCUGAAAUGAUGAAGGUGUUUAGUGAGGUGUUCAGCGUUCUGUCUGAGGAACAGAAGAAUGAGAUUAUAGGGUGGGUCAAAGAAAGAGUUGCACAGAAUGAAUUUAACUGCCAUCUGAAAGCACCCCCCUCCAACAUCCUGCCUUCUAAACCACGGGAGAAACCUACCAUUAAAAAUGACCCACCACCCAAGGGUGUGACAAGCAGACCAGGAGCUGAAGCGACUGGCAAUCCUGCAAUGAAUGCUUCAACAGCAGUCCAUACAUGUCCUCCCGGAUUGCUCUGGCUGAAGGCUAGGAUUUUGGCAAUAAUGGGACCUUUCCUAUCCCGACUGCCCUUAGAGGAAGUAAAGACAAUCCCUAAAAAUGAGCUAUGUGAGUUUUUCAGGACUCCAGAUUUCUCUCCAUCUUUUCAUAAUGUUAGUGGAAUGCAGCCCGCCUUGGGCCGGACACUUUUUCAACGUUUGAAACAAGAGUGUUCCAGCAGUGACAAUUUCACUCAAAACAUGGACAGAUUGGGCUCUCUGGCUUGUUUUUUUGAUGGUGCACUGUCUCUGAAUCUGAAUCAAAGUAGAAAACUGCUGUCUCAGAUUGAUGCCUGUAAAAAUUCUGAAAUAGACAAGGUGAAGAGGCAGUUAGUACAGAACAUUCUGGAGAAAGAUAGCGGUUCUUCCUCUCCUGAGAUGCUCCAGUCUCUGGGAUCUUCUGUGUCUGUUCUUCCUCUUUCCAUACUGUCCCGCUUCACCCCUAAGGACCUGAGCAACACACUCAGCAGCUUUAGACAGGCCAAAUGGAGCCCAGCUCAAGCUAAAGCUCUGGCUCAGAAACUGUUGGAAAAUGCUACGAAUAUAAGUGGUGAGAAGCUGCUGUCUCUGGGUUCGAUGGUGAGAGGGGUGGCCAGUGCCAUCCUCAAGAAUGUGAAGGCAGAAGGUCUGCUGGGAAAUGAAGCCCUGAAAACUAUGAGUGAGAAUAUGUCCUCCCUACAACGAACAGCAUUACUGGAAGCGUUCCGCCAUGAUGUGAACGCAUCUGAACUGGUGAAGGGGUUGCCAGAUUCUCUCCUCUCUUCACUGUCUCUGUCCACGCUGGAGAAGGCAGACCUCAGCUCUGUGGACCAGCUUCAGGGACGCGGCUGGACUGCUGCUCAAUCAACUUUCCUUUUGAAGAAGAUGUUGGGUAAUAAGAUCAACCUUGGUGAAUUACGGAAGCUGGGUCAGGCUGUACAAGGUGUCACCUGUGAAAUGAUUGAAAAAAUCAAUCAAACUGAUGCUUUGGAUAUGGCACAGACACUUAACAAAUCCUGCAUGUGGCUCUCCAGGGUUCAGAUUCGCUGUGCAGCUCAAAAACUUUUUGCAAGUCUGGAGGAACAGAGACCAGGAUAUUUCAGUGACAUUAAAAACUCUGAGCUCCAGGCCAUCCCAGCUCUGCUGCUCAUCCAUUUACCAGUGGAGAAGAUUCAAAACCUGUCAGAUGCUGUGUGUCCUGCUUUCAUGGAGAAGAUGAAGCAAGUGAACCUGUCCUCUCUGCCAAACAGUUCUCCAGCACGCUAUGCACUUACCAAAAGAGCCAUCGGCUGCCUGAAGGGGAAUGUGUCUGAUCUGUCUGCAGCAGAGGUUUUGACUCUAGGCCCUCUGCUGUGUGAGUUAGACCCAGCCUGGAUCUCCUCUCUGAACUCUGAGGCUCUGAACUCCACCCUGCAGGCCCUCGCGUCCUGUCAGUAUAUCCAACAACAGCACAGAGAGAAUCUGUUCAGACUGCUUACGGGCACAUACGGGGACCCCGCUUACUGGUCAGAGGAAGACAUGAGGGCACUUGGUCCUCUUUUGUUGCUUAAUGACACUGCUGUUGAAAAGCUGCCAUCCAAAAGCUGGCUGAAGUCAUAUCUGUCAGAUCUGAUGGAUAGUUUGCCCAGUCAGCCUGUGGUUCUUCCUCCAAAGGAAUUCCGCUCUUGGCUUGAUCUCUCUGCGCUUCGCCGCAAACUUUUUGAGCUCAAAACGAGUAGCACAUUACAAAGUCGCAGGAAGCGUGAAGUGGGGUCUACUCUAGAGCCUACACUCAUUUAUAUUGAGGACCUAAAACAGGGGAAUGUAUACUGGAGUCCCCUCCAGUUCAGUAGAAUGACCACGAUGACUUUCAAAGAUGCCGUGCCAACAUUAGGAGAGAUAAACAACUACAGCACAGAACAACUGGCUGCACUCAGAACAAAAACUUUGGAGGCAUGGGGUAAUGUGUCCAUGUUCAAUGAGUCCCAGAUUGCUCACCUGGGCUGCAUCUGCCAGAGUUUCAGUGUUGAAGAGUUGGGCAACCUCAGCAUUGCCUCAUUGGACACUCUGGAAACACUGUCUGCCUGCAACUUUAUCCAGACACAGAGGACAGCAGUCUGGCAGGCCUUUGAAAGGGUGACUGGAAUCAGCGUGGCUGGACUAGGACGUCUGGAAAUGGCGGGACUGGGUCAGUUUAUCUGUGGUCUACAACCUGCCCAGAUUGAUCAGCUCAAUUCCACCAGCUUCAGGGAGGCAGUAGAGGUGGUGGGUCGUGCUUCUUGUCCUCUGAACAUUAGAGAUCGUCUUAAGGAAAAGGCAGUGGCUGUGUUUGGAAAGCCAGAAACCUGGACUGAAGCUCAAGUUAGUGUAAUGGGCAACAUCAUUGCUGGUCUAAGCACUGUUGAGCUGGGACGUCUAAAUUCAACCAUCUUGCCAUUCAUUCAGCCGUCUGCCAUCCCUCUCAUACCUUCUGAUCGCUUAGCUGCACUGUCGGUCAGCCAGUUGAAGGCUUUGGGUCCUGAUAAUGCUGCCAUGGUAACGGAGGCACAGCGCGCGGGACUGAGAGUUGAUCAAAGGGCUGCACUGGAUGAAGCCGUGGGACUGAAAACAGCACGUGCUGAAGUGUCCACUGGAUCCUCCAGUACAAGCUCCAGUGGAUCAGCCCCACUGCCACUAAAAGGAGGUGCAGCAGUCGAGAGCAUGACAGGAUGUGUCCUCUUCAUGCAGGCCAUGGUGUUGAUGUUACUUAGAUAUGUUCUCUAAGAAGAAGAAGGGUCAAAGGUCACAGGAUGGCAUGUUUUAGAUGGCAGAUUUGCAUGUUGAUGUAUGAUCAUGUAAACCAGUAGAUUAGUAUCUGGCCAUUUAAGAAUUACUAUAUUUAAAACUAGACUAAAGCCAAAGUAUGGUAAGGCUGAGGUUUGAUAAGACGGGUCUAUCCCAUUAAAUGUAUUUUAGAGAGAAACUAUAUUUGAUAAUACUGCUGUUUAGAUCUUUUCAAAUGCUGAUUUAUUAUUCUAUGAGAGAUAUUAAAUACUGUGCAUACUUCAUUAAUGUAUCUAAGGUGUAGUUUUGUUAUCAAAUUAUUUAAUUCCAGGUAAAUGUUUGUAUUAGAGGUUGUGUUCUUUGGUAACAUAAAUCAAAUCAUUUAUACCCCAACAUGAGGUUAAUAAAGGUCUGUCUGUGAAGAGAGUAAGUGUGAAAUUUGAAUGCAGUCAAACCAGAGACUUUCACACCCUCAUGUGGUGUCACAGACUUGGUCACUUCUGAUGACCAUAAGUUCAUGCCAGCCUUCUGUUAGGUGCACAAGCCACAAAAGUGUGUAAUUUUUCUCACCUACUUUGUCUACUGUUGUCAGCUAAAAGAGAAGUUAUGAAAAUUAUUCAAAAUGGCUAGUACGCCUCAUUAAUCGUCAAAGAGUUUAGACUGUAAUGGAAACACAUUUGGUCUCCCAAACUCCUAGAUCCCUUGCAAAUAUCAAGAAUUGCAAUAUACACUACCAUCCAGUUUGGGGUCAGUAAGAUAUAUAUAUAUAUUUUUAAGAAAUUGAUACUUUUAUUCAGCAAGCACACAUUAAAUCAAUAAUCACAGUAAAGCAAAUAAUGACUGUAAAGACAUUGUUCUAAAAAUCUAUCUCAAAUAAAUGUUGUUCUUUUGAACUUUCUAUUCAUGAAAGAAUUCUGAAAAAGUCAAUUUAUUCCCAAAAAUAUUAAGCAGCACUACUGUUUUUAACACUGAAAAUGUUUUUUGAGCAGCAAAUCAGCAUAUUAGCAUAUUAUUUCUGAAGGAUCAUGUGACAUUGAAGACUGGUGUAAUGAUGCUGAAAAUUCAACUUUGCAUCACAGGAAUAAGUUACAGUAGAUAAGCAAGAUUUGGGCCUUUAGUGAAGAUUAAUAAAAGUAAAUGAGAUUUCAAAUCCUUUUGAAUAUUUUAGAUAAUCCACAGAUUUAUCUCUGGAAUCUGGACUAAACUGUAUAUCUUAAAAAAAAAUAAAAAAAAUACAAUAAAUACAAUAAGUAGUUUCCACUUGAAGUGAUUUGUAGUUUUAUCAGUUGAGUAUAGAGUAUAUACACAGUAUAACAGGCCAUCGAGUAAUGAUUUAGCCAUUACAAUUUUUUAUUUAUCUGAACAAAAUCAAUAUGAAACAGCCAAAGAAAAAAAAAAAAAAAAGAGAGAA